AUGGGAUUGAUUGCUGGUGAUGACAAGAAAAAGUCGGGGGAUUCUCCGAAGAAGAGCUCAUUUCUUAAGAAUUUAAAUUCUCCACCUUCAUUCGCUGAAGGAUGGUUCAAAUUGCCUAGGCUUAAGAAGCUUGUGACCCAAGUGGGGGCACCAAGGUGUUUGGACAUUGUUCAAGCCCAACUGGCUGGAUUCAGGCUUGCAAUUUGCUGGCUUGCCCAUUCCAAGCAAGGAAUUGGGCUAAGUGGUUCAAGCGAAGGCAUGGGCUGCUUGGCUCUUAGAGUGGGGGAUACUGCGUCAGGCUGGCUUCACAGAGCAGCGAUAACCUCCCAUUCUUUGCAGUGGAAGGAUAACGGGCCGGUGCUUCCUGAUCCAUAA